GGAACCAUUUUUGUUUGCAUGUCCGCUAUAAACCCUGGUGUGAAAACUGGCUUUCUCACUGGACGGCUGUUGUUUUUGGCCAUUUUGCUGCUGUGAAGGUUCACUGAUGUGCAUGAAGAAAACACAGGGUCAAGAUGUGGGUCUUCAUAUUUCUCUACAUACUGAGUCUAAACAGUCAGGCCUCUGCAACAGAGAACUCAACGCAGAUGUAUUACGCUAAACUGAUAAUAGACAGAAGUGCAAUUGAAAUAAUCAGUUCGAACCUGAGCUUUUAUGUGAAAGACAACAACGUGACCAUCGACAACGUUAGAAUGACAACAAAAUGUGACAAAAACAACGGUAGUAAAACAUGUAGAUGCGAACAUGGCCACAAAUGGAGUGAUGAAGUUCUUCUCAAAGAGGGUUGUGAUGGGAAUAACUGUACCCUCAAGGCUGACUCUAAUUCAAUGUGCACUUUAAACACUACAGUUGAUAUCACGGGGAGAUUCAAACUGGGCGGAGAUAACUAUACUGAUUGCCUGACAGAUAAGGCCUCAUCCAAAUAUAUGACCUGUCAUGCACGUCUGUUAAAUCAGAUGAAAACCCUAUACAGUAAAAUAAGAGGAUUUGACAGUCUGGCAAUAAUACAAUUCAGUCUCGGGAGCAUUAUUGUUGAUUUUACAAUGAAGAUCGUCUCUGACGUUAGUUCGGGAGAACUGUUUAAUAAAUCUACAGAACUGACAAAAACUCUAACAGGCAGUAUGACUUUGGAGACAAAAGGCAUUGUCAAUUUGGAAGUAUCAAAGGCAUCAGUGCCGUAUGACAACAAAACUGUUGUUACUUGUAAAACUGAGAGAGAGCUUAAAGCCCAACCACAGUGGAACCUGAAUAGAGAAGAUGGAUCGUUUCUCAUAACUAAUGGCAGCAUCUCAACAGUAGAAAUUAAAGAAAAAGAAAGUUCAGUCACGAUUCAACAUGUUAACGAACUCUGGCAAGGAGAGUACGUAUGUCUUUUUGUUGAAAAAGAAGGUCAAAUAACCAUAAACCAUAAAGCCAAUGAUACAAUGGAUGUAUGCCUCAAACCAAAGAUCGACAUUUCCGCAGAUCCGGCAUUUCCCUUGUGUAAGACAGAAGAAGAUAGUGUUCUUUAUGUGAUCGUGAAAUGUGAGAUAAAGAAUACCACCGAAAAAUACAAUGUGAGCUGGCAAGAAGGUGCCAUUGUAUUACCCACGACUACAGACAAAGACAAACUGAUUUAUUCAGCUAAAAUAAUAGUUGACUGUAAGAAAGACAAGGGGAAUUCUUCUCCAGAUUCAUAUUGCGACUUUACUAAUGAGUGCAACCAAGUCCAAAAGGCAUCUAUGACGGUCGAAGUCAUUUAUCUUCAGAAUCAAUAUUGUUCAGCAGAAGGUGAAUGGGGAAACACCAAGGCCGAAUUUACUGCAGAAAUAAAAUGCAAGGAUAAAGCUGGAACAAGAAAGCGAAAGUGUUCACCUGGGGGAAUAGGCCGGGAAGGGAUAUGGGGUGACGAGGUUUCACAGUGUGUUGAACAGGACCUCGCUAAUGUGCUGGAAAGUGCUACAAUUAGUGACAUUGGACUUGGUAUACUGGCUACAAAUGCUGCAAUAGUAUUUGAACGCUUUGUGAAUGUCACAAAGACAUCAAAAUUACCUGGUUAUGCUAACAUAAAUACAUCGGUCGCAGUACUUAGCACCAUGGAUAAAAAGUUAAAUAACAGUGUUAUUACAAAUGAGACAGCAAUAGAAAAUUUUCUAUUCUCAUCCAGUCAUUUGCUGAAUAAAAGUCUUGAAGACUCGUGGAAUAAAGAUACCACUGACAACACUUCAAUGGCUGAGAAAUUCAUGCUUUCUGUUGAGAAUUUAAUUAAAAUAUCAAAUAUGACAGGGGGGACUAAGAAAGAAAAUCUGCACGUGGAUGUGUGCAAUAGCUCCAACUGCAACAUCACUGUUUUCAAUGUUUCAGUUGUUCUUUCAGGUGGAGUGAAUGUGAAAACAGCUGCAUUCAAACAACUGGAUAAAUAUUUGCCCAAUCUUGACAAUAAAACAGAGGUCAACAGUAUCAUUGUAUCCACAACUGCAGAUAGCUAUAGUGACAUUACCCUAAAGUUUGAAAUGAUCAAGCCAAGACCUCGUAAUGUUGAGCUAAAAUGUGUGUUUUGGGACAAUAAAAAACAUGCGUUUUCAUCAGACGGAUGUAGGUGGUUGGGUCCCUCUAAGGAGGGCCACUGCACAUGUGAUCAUCUUUCCUCGUUUGCAUUGCUACUGUCCAAGGAGCCCCUGGACGUCCCUGGUUUGACUUAUCUAACUUAUGCAGCUCUGUCAGUAUCAGUGUUGUCACUCAUUGUCACUCUUGUAAUAGAACUGAUAGUCUGGAGCGAUGUAGUCAAGACGAGUACACUAUAUUUACGUCACACUGCCCAUGUGAACAUUUGUCUGUGCUUGCUGAUUGGUAACCUCUGCUUUUUGGCAUCUUCUUCCAACCCAGAGAAUAUUUCAGACCUCUGGUGUCGAACCUCUGCGGUGCUGAAGCAUUUCUGCUAUCUGGCUAUGUUCUUUUGGACGUUUUGUUUGAGCGCCACACUUCUUCAUCAGGCAGUGUUUUUGUUCCACAAGGUGAGCAAGGCAAACUAUCUGAGGUUCUCGUUGGUUGUAGGCUACGCCAUCCCCUUGAUCAUAGUCUUUGUCACAUUUCUUACCUGCAACGGUGGAGCUGAGGGGGUAUAUUACUUGGAGAAGACCUGCUGGCUGGUUUAUGGCGGACUGUUUAAAGGCACUUUUUAUACGUUUAUCAUUCCAGUUGGAGCAAUUGUUUUCAUUAAUGUGUUCUCAAUGCUUGUGGUCAUCAUGAAGCUCAUAAGCCACCACUCAGAAAUACACCAAAAAACUGACAUUUCACCAGAAAAGGAGAAAGCAGCAGCCAAAACUGUUGUGAGAUCCAUUAUCCUACUGACCCCGAUUUUUGGUGUGACGUGGAUCUUUGGAUUUGCCAUUUUGAUUUUUGAUCUCACAAGCGGACCCGCAGCAUAUGCAUUCGAAUACAUCUUCACCGUACUCAAUGGAUUCCAGGGCUUCUUCAUUUUGUUGACCACAUGCUUCUUAGACAGAAUGACUCGUGAGGCUCUACUGAAACACAUUAAGAAGAAAGUAGGUGCACCGCAACUACAAUUACAUGAUACCAUGGCUAUUUCUCUUGUAUGUCUUAUUGCCAUUUCUUCUUCCCUCUGAUCUCCAGGCUCCAGCAUCUAGUGUCAGUGAAAGCACCUCAAAGUCAGAGUCAACAUGGAAGAAAUGAAACUAUUUUCAUCUACAUGUAAAACUAGUAUCACUAGUAUCACAUUUAUGUGCCAUUGAAAAUAAAUGUACAGUGUGCAUUCACUUUUUACUGAAGCCAAGAGUGGAUGUUUUCCGCGUGUACUUUUUUCCCAAAGGUUUUCUCGAGAUAACCAGUUAAUGUUCCAUUUUCUGGAAAUAACAAUAUAAUUUCCCAUUGGUUUUCUGGAGAUAGAGUUAAUUUCCUGAUGAUUUUCUUGAAACCAGUUCAUUUCAUCAAUGGUUCUCUCAAGACGAAUUCAUUUCCUGAUGGUUUUCAUGGGAUAACAAGUUAAUCUCAAUAAAACAAACUUUGCUUGUGCCGUUGUGUAAAUACAUGUGGCAUGUAUUUGAAGGAUGGAAUCAGGUUUAACACACACCAGUCGUCUCGUGAUCAUCUCGAGAUCACGAGAUGAUUGGAUCAGAAAUGGUUUUCUCAAGAAAACCACUGGGAGAAAGCACAUGCUGAAAACGUUCACUCUCGACUUCCAUAUCUUUUUAAUGUGAUUGUUUAUUAAUAUUAUUAGUAAAAUUAUAAGUGUAUAGUUAAUUAUUUUUAGCCUCUUUGUGUUACAUUUUGCAUGAACUUGUUCUGUAUGCACCUUUAGGAUUUAAUGAGUUAACUCAGCUUAUACAAAUACCAGCUGUGAUCAGAGUCACAUUGAAUUAUUCAAGUUUUAGUUGGUAUAUUUGAAGAGAAAUGGAGCAAAAGACUCAACCUGUAUGCCAAAAUGAUGUUUUAGACUUGAGUCUAGUCUUAGUUUUCCUCCUGGUUCUAAAAGCAAUGUCUUCUUCGUAAUCUUUGCUUUGCUGUAACCACUCCUCAUCUGAGUCGUUUGCAAUAUCUUCUUCAGCUAUUUUCUCACGGAAGUCUUUGCACUCAAGCUCUGCUCUGCAACAUAUUAAAAAGAUUUGUAACAUUAAAUCAGAAACUUUUGUAAAGGUUGUUCGUAAUAAAGGAAAAAUAGGUGAAAAUUG